GAUCCUGAUCUACACCACAAUGCAACCAGGCGCGAAAGACAAAAUGGAGGUAGACGAAAACGAAAACCGAGCUGACACUAGCAUCUGCAUACCUGUCGGAGAGGCUGUCGACGAACCCUCAUUUUCAAGCACUUAUGACAGUGAUAAGCCAAACAGCCAUUUCUCCGAAAAGGUGCUCUCUGCGAGUGCUUCGAAAAUGCAAGAUGCACUCACAAAGUCAGUUCAUCGUAUGACUUCGAGGACGAAAGUUUUGGGAUACAUCAAAGAACAUUUCCAACAAGUUUACAGGGCUGACAGUAAAAAUGUUUUAGCUCUCUAUAAAUCCAUGAUGGCUCAGCUGGAAGCCAUGAUUAUGGAGGAAAUAGAGAUGCAGCUGGGUGCAAAUAAUGUCCAUCAACUGUUGGCAGACUUGGACUCACUCAAAGAGUUAGGAACCAGUGACAAGAUAUGGCGCCCUAGUGGUGAUGCAGAUGAAGAUGUCAAAGGCCAUUUGCAAGAAAUAUCCAAACUGGAAAUGCAACAGCUUCAGAAAGUUUUGUCUGCUUUGGAGUCACAGAACAAACUGCUCAACGAGUCUAGUAAGAAGUAUGAUGACAAAGUGCUACAGUCAUUCAAACAGAUUCAGGAGGACACGUCAAAGUGGCAUGAGGCGGCUUCAACCAUUUCCAAGGAUGUCAGAACAAAAUUGAUAGAUGCCAACAUGAAAGCUUCAAGUUGUGAAGAAACGAACGGUCAUCAGAGGAUGGACAGUGUUAAAGAGAGAGCAUGAGAGUUUUUUCAACCAAUUUCUCAGUUUGGACAUAUGUUUAGGUGAUAGUGGAAGAUGGAAGUCCUAUAAAUGUGGGUGGUUGGUGGGUGCUCUGAUGUGGUUUGCUUCUUCUUUCCUAUCAAAGAUCUAUCGUCCUUAUCU